AAGUUUAUCACCAAGGCGAUUGCAGAAGCAAUCACCGCACUCAAAAGUAAAAGAAAAGGGCUUGAACUAUCAAGCUCUAGUUCUAGUAGUGCUAGUACUACUAGUAGCAAAGAUGAUAGAGGGCGAUCAGAUAGUGAAAGCA